AUGGAUUCUGAUGCUGGCUCUAGUUGCAGUCGCUCGUCAUCCCCAGACAUUGUAGUGGAUGAUUCUGCUGGGAGCUUCUUUUCCAACAAGAUGUUCCACCCAUAUCUUCAGGACCACAGAGAGGCCAGUAAGGGCAGAAUGGAGCAGCUCGGUGCAGGGGGAAAGAUGAAGGGAAGGUCGGAGCUCAGUAAGGAGGAGAUGCAGGACUUAAGACUGAAAGUGAACAGCCGGGAGAGGAAGAGGAUGCACGAUCUGAAUCAGGCAAUGGAUGGCCUCAGGGAGGUCAUGCCCUAUGCCCAAGGCCCGUCAGUGCGUAAGCUGUCCAAGAUCUCCACUCUGCUACUAGCCCGGAACUACAUCCUCAUGUUGUCCAGCUCAUUGGAGGAGAUGAAGAAAUUAGUGGGUGAUGUUUAUGGAGGCAAUGCAGCUGUACAGGCUCGUGCCCCGGCCCACCCAACAAUGGCUUCCACAGCUCCUGCGACCCACCUUCCCCUGCACCCUCUGGCCCAGUCGCUGCACUCACUGGUGGGCAGCACGCCCUCGCCUCUCCAGCACCACUCUUCCCCAGCACCCACAGCAGCAGCUCCACACUCACCCCCACACUCCAACAGCUUCCUGGGCUUCCAUCCAUCAGUUCAGGGCCUCCUGAAGGAUCCGCUCCACGUGAACCACCACUCCUUCAGGCACUUCCCGGGCAUGCCCUGUCCCUGCUCACUGUGCCAGCCACUGCCCACUACCACCUCCACGUUACACAACCUGGCAUUGAACAAAUGA